AUGGCACCAAAAAUUGUUGAAUACCAGCACCGGGAUGACGAUCCCAAUGGUGACUACGAUAUAGAUUCACUGGACAAAUGCGAGUGCGGCAGCAGUACGGGUAGCACCGGUAGUAGUGGUGGUGACCAACAAUCAAUCGAUACGGCUGUUGUCGUCGAUGUCGUUGUCAAACCAACUACAGACCAAAAAGGCCAACCCUUGCCGCCAACACCAUCGAAACGGCUGCUAAUAUUUGGCCACGAGUUCGGCCAAAUUAAAUGGACAAACGUCAUAUGGUUGGCCAUAUUGCACGGUCUGGCCCUGUGGUCGUACAUUCAUGCACUCCAGGCACCGGUCAAACUGUGGACACUGGUAUUUGUAUCGGCAGUGGCCGCUUUUUCCGGUUUCGGUAUGUCGGUCGGCGCACAUCGACUGUGGGCUCAUCGGGCGUUCAAAGCACGGCUACCGUUACGAAUAUUUUUGGCCAUUUUCCAGACGAUGACCGUCAACGGGUCGUGUUUUAGCUACGCUCGCGAUCAUCGGACACAUCAUAAAUGGUCGGAAACGGAUGCCGAUCCGAAAAACCCGUCCCGCGGUUUCUUUUUCGCCCACAUUGGUUGGUGGAUGUUGAAAAAACGACCCGAAGUUAUCCAGGCUGGCCAGAAACUAUCGUUUGAUGAUCUACUGGGCGAUUGGGUAGUCCGAUGGCAACAUCGGCUAUAUUUACCGUUAGUUAUCAUACUCGGAUUUGCCGUACCGACACUCGUACCCUAUUAUUGUUGGCAGGAAAACCUGUUGACCGCUUUCCUGGUGUGCGGCUGUUUGAGGACAGUCGUAGUUUUGCAUCAUUUGUUUACAGUUAACUCUGUCAGUCAUUUUUGGGGCGAUCGGCCAUACAACAAUGAGAUGAGACCCACUGAAAAUCGAUUAGUCGUUUACUUAUCGAUGGGUGAGGGUUCACAUAACUAUCAUCAUACAUUUCCAAUGGACUACAGUUCCAGUGAGAAAAAGUGUUGGGAGUUUUUCAACCCGGCCACCAUGUUUAUCGAUAUGAAUGCCACCCUAGGACUGGCCUACGAUCUGAAAAAGCCGUCCAACGAAUCCGUCCAACAAGUAAUCAAACGUAAAGGACUUCCCGAAUAUUUUGCCCGACGUUCCCGCCGUGGCCUAACCUAUCGUAUACUCUAUGGUCUAACCGAUUGGCUAAUGGGCCUUAUGUUUGCCAUGUGGCCUAUUUGGCCGAUAAUAUUGUUCAAGUUUGCCACUGGUCAACAAGUUUUCAUAUAUUAA